AUGGCGGAAACAAAGCCCGAGCUCGCGGGCGUCCCACGAGCCACCGGUGUGGCACUGUACGUGCCCUCGGGCCGGCGGCACUACGCGCCUAGGCGCGGAGUGGUGCCCGGUGGCCAGCACCGCUCAGCGCCCGGACAGCGCUUUCAGGCUGGUGGCGCUGAGGACGUUGGGCGACCCAUACGGCAACGCGGGUUUCCCGACGAAGAGCUGAGCCCGCGUGGCCCCACGAGCGAGGAGAAACGCAGCCAGUGGGACGACGCCGCGCCGACUCCCGUGGUGUGGUGCCAAGGGGUGCGAGAACAGUCGGCGUCGUGCCCACGUCCCCACCGGCGCCCAGCCUUGGGCGGCGCAAGGGCUCAUCCGCCGGCCCAGAGACCCCCACGCAGAGAAGCGCCCUCGGUCAGGUCGGCGCUCCGGGUUCGGCUCACCCGGCUCCGGACCCCCCACUCCGCGCUCCCCGCGGCGUUCGUCCGCGUGCCCCGGCAAGGACUCCGCAGCAUCGCGCACGACGGCCCCGCCUCAGUACCUGAGUCACGUCCCGCGUCUCGGCGCGGGGAUGCCCGUGCUGGCGCCGGACCGCAGCCCGCUGUGCCCGUGUGCCCGCGCAGAGCCGCACGGCCCGUCUGCUCCCGGCCUGGGGAGCGCUCCCGCGCGGCGGCUCUGGGGCUGCUCGCCCCGCCCUCCACGCGGGGCGUGCCCUGGGUCCUAUCGCCGCCGCGGCGACUCCCCCUCCGCUACAGGUUCUUCGGGGCCCGGGCCCCGGCCGCGCGCAGCGCGACUCCACCGGCGCCGGCUCCGAGCGGGGCGCCGGCGCCUCAUAAGGCAUCAGCACGAGCUUUGCGCUGCUUGCGUACAGUGCAACGCGGGGCUGGACCCAGCCGGCACGAAUGCUGCGCUGGCUGUCCGGAGGAAGAGGACCUGAGCAGUGGACUUCAACUUAUGAAUGGAUUUCUGCUGUUGAGGGCCGGAGCGGCGGCGGCAGCAGCGGCCCCGCCGCGGCGGCGCCAUGGAGACGGGCCCGCCCCCGCGGGGCCCCGCCCGCCGCGGCCCGAGCGGCCUGCGGCCGGGAGCGGAGCCAUGCGGAGGUCUAAACAACAGCUGUCUCCGGCAGCUGAGCUAGAAUGGAUUCUGAAACAGAGUAAAACACAAGCAGAACUUAACUGGCAGCAGCUCUGUGAGAAUGCUGAAUGUAAUUGGUAUCAGAAAUCAGAGGAUCCAACACACAGCCUAUCUUCAUCAAGAGAGGAGGUUCAAGGUGAUCUACAGAAAACAGACUACAGGUUGCAUGAAGUGAAGAGUGUUCUUUCUGCUUUUACUGUUGAGAGAGAACAGACAAUACAAGCAUCGUUUAAUCACAGUAUUUCACCUGAAGGGGAGAAACAGAUAUUUCCGUAUGAUGAGGAAAGUUCUCUGUAUAAAUAUAUCCCUGCUUUGGAAAUAAAAAAGCUGCAGGAACAGAAUGCCAGCCUUCGGGCUGCUAUUGCACAAAUGAGGAAAGAAAUGGAGAGUCUUGAUGAGCAGAUGUUGUCUUCUCUUCCUCAAACAGAAGACAGACAGUUUGCAGAGCAAGGUUCAUUAAACACAAACAAAAUUUCAACUGGAACCACACUGAGCAACAUCAAAGUCAGUUCAGCUAAAUUGGAUUGUUUAGUAAACCCAGACAUGGAAGAGGGGCCAGAACCCAAAGUUCUUGAAGAAAACAUGGUCAAUUUUGGACAACAGCUACCCGAUGUAGGUACUGGUAAUGGUUGUCAAUAUAGUGUCAAACACAUUCUACAAGGAAUGCAAAAUAAACUCAAGGAAGCAGCAAGAAAAAUUUCAAUUCUGAGCCAAGAAAAGCGGCAGCUGAUUGAAAUGGGAAACAGACUCAGGGCAGAACUUGGAAUGGUGUUAAAGGAAGGAGUCUGGCAUCCUGUUAGCUCUAAACACUGCACAGUUUGUAUUGCCUCUGGUAGUCUUCUUCCAAGAGAACUUGUCAAAAGAACACAGUGUCAGCUAUCAGUUCUAAAGCAUCUACAGCACAGACUCACAACACAGGAGCUGCAGUGCACAAGGCAACAGCAUCCUUCAAGGUUCGCUUCUCUUACUGCCUGCCCUAGCUUAAAGGAAGAAGAAGCUCCAAGCAGCUGUGGAGAAGAAACAGGAUUACCAUCCAGUGAGGUUUGGAUAGAUUUCUCUAUUGAAAAUCAUGGGCCAGAUACAUUCUCAGCAACAAAGGAAGAUACAACCACAGAGAUUUUUCAAACUCAGCUGCUCACUCAGAGUCCUAGUCAUGUCCAACAGGUUCAGCUUUCUUCAUCUAGAAUGCAUAAUUUCUGUCAAAUUUUAGAUACGGGAGCAAGCCGUUCUCUACUCAGUCCUCAAAAGAACACCAGCCAGGGGGUGUUUGAAGUUGUACAUUCAAUCAAGCAAUCUGAAGAAUCUUGGCAAAAUGUCAAAGCCAAGGAUAACCUUGAAACAUCAGCUGAAGAUUUGACAGUCAGAGGAACAAGGCUGGAAGUUCAGCAGAAGUUAAAAUCCAGGAGUUUAUUUUGUGCUCAUCUAUUAAAACCAAAAAUGUCUUCCAGCAUGACAAAAAUCCGCAAUUAUAAUAUUAAAGACUGAUUUCUAUGUUGUCAGCAUGUUGUAGGUUCACACUUGCUAUGAACUUACUUUGACAUCUCUAUAUCAGGUCUAAUUAUCAGCCUCAGUUUUGUAUGUCAGGUUGAGAUAUUUGCAGCCAGAAGAGAGAACAAAUACCCUGCUUCAUACAGUGAAGCCUAAAAUAAAGGGUUAAUCUGUGUGCAUUAUGAAGUUACAAUCUUUGUUGUUGAUGCUGAUUUAUUUUAAUUAUAUAUAUUGAGAUUUUCUUGCAUCAUGGAUUUAGAAAUGCUCAGUUAACACAUAGGUAAAGCCUUGUGCCUUCAGGCAGGACUUGCAGGACUUCAGCAGAUGUUUUGUUGAGAAACUGUAGAUGUGAUUUCAGCUUAGAAGUGGGAUGCCUCAACCUACUU